UUGUUUUCCCACAAUGCAGUGUAUAUCUGUCAUGGCUGCUCCCAGCCGCUCGUACCGCAUGGAUGGAAGCAAAGGUUUUAUCUCUGAUUGAGAAACGUCGUUUUGGCUUAUUAAUAAAGUGAUUUAUCGUUGACUUAUUUUUAUUAGCCCGUCCUGACAGAAGGCAACAGCUUUCAAUUUAACAGAAACUAGAGGCGAAAUGCUGCUGGACAUUGAGAUCCCCAUUCUCCGAGGCUUUUUAACACCCAGUGAGGCAACGGGAUGGAACCAGAAUAUUCUCGGCUUCGCAGAGGUGAGACUUCUGCUGGAGUCCUUGUUGGAGGGGGACUUUGAAGCAGUUCUGCUGAGCCACCAAGUGUUAGAUCUGCUUACCGGAGAUGGCAGCUGCAGCGAAGGGGAAGACAUCGAAGCCUACCUAGAGAGACAGAUCUUUCUGUACCUGACCUGUGGAACCAACAAUGACCAGACCAACAGGGAGCUGGUAGUGAUGGCCUUGGCUGUGUCAUGCCUCCACAUGUUUGCCCAGAGUAACUGGACUGGUCCUCCAGUCUCCAUCAAUAUCUCUGACCUGCUGCCCUCAGCCCUGCUGUCCUCUCUGAAGACCGUGGCAGAGGCUAUCCAUUCCUGCCUGCUCCUGGAUGGGGAGUCUGUGUACAGCCUGGUUGCCAACCCAUUCCUUCUCCUGCUGGCCAGGGUUAUUCUCACCAAGUGCUCAUGUAAGAUGCCCAGCCUCCAGCUGCUGCCCUGGUGGACCCUGCGCUACUGCAGCCUGCACCAGCAAAUCCUAGAGGCCUGUUCUUUGCAGCUGCUCACCUUGGCCCACAGCAGCAUGGACAAAGUGCUGAAAUGCCAAUCUGUGUUGUUGGAGCACAGAAAUUUGGCUAUUCAGUUCCACCUGGAGUGCGUCUACACUAGUCUGACCUACUAUGAGUAUCAUCCUGCCAAGGAACAUAUCCAAAAGGCCCAGGAACUCUCAGGGUUGAAUAUCAACAUGACUGGUGCACUUGGUAAACGGACCCGCUUUCAGCAAAAGUGCUUGGCUCAGCUCAUCCUUGAUGUCAAGAGAAAGCCGGACCAGUCUAGCCAGAAAGACAGUGAGGCCAGCCCCACCCCCACACCUCUGGCCAGCCUACCAAAGGACUACAGUCUGGGUGAUGACACUGUGCUGGAUAAGAUCAGUUUAGUGGAACCAGAUCACUAUCAGCUGCCUGACCUUCGUGCUGAGGAGCAGGCUGUUAUCCUGGGCUUCUGCACUGACUUCCAGAAGAAAAACCCUGUUCACAAAAUAACUGAAGAGGAACUCCUGGCCUUCACAUCUUGUAUUCUGUCUCAGCCUAAAUUCUGGAGUAUAGAAGUCACAGCACUUUGCCUCAGGACCAAAUUGGAAAAAGGAAGCUCCCGAUGUGUUGAGAGAGCUAUGAUGCAAACCCAAGCAAUAGUAGACCACUUUGAAGAUAAGAACUGCCCUGUGACCGAGCGGCUCAAAGUCUUCUACUGCUGCCAUGUCCCUCCCAGAUGGGCUGUUCAGAAACAGCUGGCCAGCCUUCUGACAGACCUAGGCUGCAUCAGUUCAGCACUGCUCAUUUAUGAAAAGCUGGAGCUUUGGGAGGAUGCAGUUAUCUGCCAUGAGCAGCUGGGCCAACAUGGCAAGGCCGAGGAGAUUGUUCGCAGGGAGUUGGAGAAGAAGGAGACACCCGUUCUGUACUGUCUGCUCGGAGACAUAUUGAAGGACCAUCAGUACUAUGACCGAGCAUGGGAGCUAUCAGGCCAGCACAGUGCCAGAGCCAUGCGCUCCAAAGCCCUGCUGCACCUCCACUACAAGGAGUUCCAAAAAUGUGUUGACUGUUUUGAGCAGUCACUCAAAAUCAACGCCAUGCAGCUUGGUGUGUGGUUUUCCCUUGGUUGUGCUUACUUUGCCCUGGAGGCCUAUGAGGGAGCUGCCAAGGCUUUCCAGAGAUGUGUGGGUCUAGAACCAGACAAUGCAGAAGCAUGGAACAACCUCUCUUCAGCUUACAUUCGCCUCCAUAAGAAAAAUAAAGCGUUUCGAACCCUGCAGGAAGCCCUGAAGUGUAACUAUGAACACUGGCAAAUCUGGGAAAACUUUAUAGCUGUGAGCACUGACAUCGGGGACUUUGCUGAAACCAUCAAGGCCUACCAUCGUCUGAUGGACCUCAGGCAAAACUACAAGGACAUCCAGAUUCUACAGAUCCUGGUAAGAGCAGUUGUUGAAAACCUGACAGACAUCCAUGGUGAGGAGGCAGUAUCCUUCCUGUCAAAACUGAAGGAACUCCUGGGGAGGGUCAGUUCCCGCCACAGUAGUGACGCUGAGAUAUGGCAGCAGUAUGCUCUGCUGUAUGGUGACGGCCACAGCUCCAACCCAGAGGACAAUGAAAAGGCAUUACAAUUCUUGUCCAAGGCCCAUCGUUGCAAAAUUCAAGCUGGUGGCUGGGAGAAAGAACCUGGUCUCUUCAAGGCAGUGAUCAAAAGAGCCAUCCAUAUGGGUGAAGUGACCAUUAGUUGCAGUAAGAAGAAGAACAAUUCAGAAGAAGUUCUCCAGAUGCUGUCCUCCACCCGCCUCAGCCUCAAGAGCCUGGCUUCAAAAGCUAAGCAAAUGCACACAGAGGUGGCCACAGGUGAGAUCCAUGCUGAGCUACAGGACAGUGUUGCUGCUCUGGAGCAACUCAUCACAGAGCUACAAAGGCUGAGUGGGAGGCUGCGUGACCAAUCACAAGGAAUAUCCUCCUGAAAAAAAACAUAAUGUGGUUCUCAGCUCCUCAGCAGUCAUGACACAAUCCACUGCUGCAGUCAUCAGCUUUGUUUAUUGUUGAAUUUCAUUAAGUCAAGAGUUUUAUGUGUGACAAUUGAUAGCAAUAGAUCAAAUUAGAAAUGGAAAGCCAAUGGACUUGAGUUGUUUUUUAUUGUCUCUCUUUAUCUAUAUUACAAUAUAACCAUGAUUGUGAGGUAUCAAAUAAUAAACUACAUUAAAUUCUUAA